UGCCGGUCUGCGUCCCACCAUGGGCGCGAGCCCUGCAGGACCCCCGGCCUGGUGGCCGCUGCUGGUGGCCUGCGCGCUCCUGGGCGGCGGCUGCGGGGCUCUCCAAGAGGCCGAGCCGGACUCGGAGGACACGGCCGGCGAGCCGGUGGUGUUCCCCGAGUCGCCGCUGAGGAGACCCACGGUGCUGGUGGCCGUGCUGGCCCGCAACGCGGCGCCCGCGCUGCCGCACUUUCUGGGCUGUUUGGAGCGUCUGGAUUACCCCAAGAACAGGAUGGCCAUCUGGGUGGCCACAGACCACAACGUGGACAACACCACAGAGAUCCUUCGGGAGUGGCUGCGAGGCGUGCAGCGGGCUUACCACAAUGUGGAAUGGCGGCCCAUGGCUGAGCCCAGGUCUUAUCCCGACGAAAUCGGGCCUAAACACUGGCCCAGCUCCCGUUUCGCUCACGUCAUGAAGCUACGUCAGGCCGCCCUGCGAACGGCGAGGGAAAAAUGGUCAGACUACAUUCUGUUCAUAGACACUGACAACUUCCUCACCAACCCACAGACGCUCAACCUACUAAUUGCAGAAAACAAAACCAUUGUGGCCCCCAUGUUGGAAUCUCGAGGUCUCUACUCCAACUUUUGGUGCGGGAUCACACCCCAGGGGUUUUAUAAGCGCACCCCUGACUACGUGCCCAUCCGAGAGUGGAAGCGGACAGGCUGCUUCGCGGUGCCCAUGGUGCAUUCCACCUUCCUCAUUGACCUCAGAAAAGAGGCCUCAGACCUGCUGGCCUUCUACCCACCACACCAGGACUAUACUUGGACCUUCGAUGACAUCAUUGUCUUUGCUUUCUCCAGCCGCCAAGCAGGCAUCCAGAUGUAUCUCUGCAACCGGGAACACUACGGCUACCUGCCCAUCCCGCUGAAGGCCCACCAGGGCCUGCAGGAGGACCUAGAUAGCCUUGUCCACAUGCGCAUCGAAGCCAUGAUUGACCGGCCACCACUUGAGCCCUCACAGUUCAUCUCAGACACCCCAAAGAACCCCAAUAAGAUGGGAUUCGAUGAGAUCUUCAUGAUCAACCUCCGGCGCAGGAAGGACCGCCGGGACCGGAUGCUGCGGACCUUGUACGAGCAGGAAAUCGAUGUGAAGCUGGUGGAGGCGGUGGAUGGAAAGGCCCUCAACACGACCCAACUGAAGGCGCUGCACAUCGAGAUGCUGCCUGGGUACCGUGACCCCUAUUCGUCGAGGCCUCUCACGCGAGGGGAGAUUGGCUGCUUCCUCAGCCAUCAUGCCGUGUGGAAGGAGGUGCUGGAACGAACGCUGGCCACGAGCCUGGUCAUUGAGGACGAUGUGCGCUUCGAGCACCAGUUCAGGACGAAGCUCAUCAGGCUGAUGGCAGACGUGGCCCAUGCACAGCUGGACUGGGAGCUGAUCUACAUUGGCCGGAAGCGCAUGCAGGUGGCAGAGCCCGAGAAAGCAGUACCCAACGUGCCCGGUCUGGUGGAGGCGGGUUACUCAUACUGGACUCUUGGCUAUGUGCUCUCCCUGGCCGGUGCCCGCAAGCUGGUGGGAGCUGAACCCUUUGGGAAGAUGCUGCCAGUGGACGAGUUUCUGCCCAUCAUGUAUGACAAGCACCCGGUAGCCGAGUACAAGGAGCAUUACCAGCACCGGGACCUUCGGGCCUUCUCGGCCGAGCCACUACCUCAUCUACCCGACCACACUUACACAGGCCAGCCCGGCUACCUCAGCGAUACGGAGACGUCCACCAUCUGGGACAACGACACUGCAGCCACCGACUGGGACCGCACACAUCCCUGGAAGGGGCAACUGCGAGGUGCCACCAAGAACACAGAAGCGCUGCCCCCGGCCCCGAGGGCCACCACCCCAACUCGGGAGGAGCUCUGAGGAGGCCCUGAGCACUGUGCUGUGAGACUCACCAUGGCUGUCUCGUUUCUUUCAUCUGCCCUGGUGGCCAGAUCAGGAGAUUUGGGGAGGCCACUAGGGUGCUGCCUGGAGUCUGUUCUCGGAUCAGUGCUCGGGGCAGAGGACCCGGGUCUGCUGUGUCUGUGCCCGUGCUCAGCCUUUGAGCAUCUCCCGGCCCUUGAUGUUUUCUGACAGGGGAGGAGAAUGGGUAGUGGAACCCAGAUUUCCAAGAAGGGCUGGAAGCUCCAGCAGAGCCUUCAUCAGCUGCACCCCCUGGGACCGUGCCUUUCUCCU